AUGACGACGAGAUACAGAGUAGAAUAUGCUCUUAAGACCCAUAGAAGGGACCAAUUCAUAGGUAAGGCGACGUCAGCAGCCCUCCCUGUCGGCCUGUCCCGAGCAAGUGCCGGGAGACUUGAUGCCAGCUUCCCCACCACUCAUACUCAAAGAUUGAAUUACGUCUCGACCUCAUUAAGUACAAAACCGGGGUCUCUAAAUCUCAUACGACGAGCCAUAACUUUCUUUACCAUCCACGAGAUCCGCGUUCCUCUCAUCAAGCAGAUUGGCUCACAUGUUUUCAUAGAAUGGAUCAAGGGUCUCCUCGCGGUCCCGUUCGUCCUCUACUCCCAACCGACUGGUGUGUUCGACACUCAAGCAACAAGCAUAGCUCGCAUGGCCGAAGAAGCUCACCGCCGCUAUGCCGAGAUUUUGCGUGAUGUGGAGCACAUGAUAGACGACCACAUCGCACGCCAAGAUGAGGCAAAUAAUCUCCCUUCCAAACUAAAGAUGCUCGUCCCCAGCGCGGGCCCCUUCUUCACUCGUCUUCCCCUCGAGGCAGCUUUCAAGCAUAUGGACAGCAAACGUUACAUUUCCUCUCGCCGCUACGUGUCACCGUCCUUUAACGACGUCCGCCUUAUCCUCAAUUCGGCCCAGAUCAUGGCCGUCACCACGGGAUCUUUGCAGCUUGCCACAUUCGAUGGUGAUGUCACGCUCUACGACGACGGAGAGAGCCUGGAGCCUUCAAGCCCGCUCAUCCCCAGACUCCUCGACCUCCUCCGCAAAGAUAUCAAAAUCGGCAUCGUUACAGCAGCAGGCUACACAACAGCAGACCGCUAUUACGCCCGCCUCCACGGUCUGCUGGACGCCAUCGCCUCCUCCAAGGACCUCACCCCGACCCAGAAGGAAUCGAUCGUAAUCAUGGGCGGCGAAGCCAACUACCUCUUCGAAUACGCGCCAGACUCCCCUCACCUCCUAGCUCCCGUCCCCCGCUCCCGCUGGUUGACCCCCGAGAUGGCCGCCUGGUCCGAUUCGGACAUUUCUGCGCUACUCGACGUUGCGGAGGCCGCUCUGCUGGACUGCGUCAAAACUCUCAACCUCCCAGCCACUCUCCUCCGCAAGGAUCGCGCGGUAGGCAUCAUUCCCACGGAUCCCAGCAUCCGCAUCCCGCGCGAGUCCCUUGAGGAGACUGUGCUCGUCGUGCAAAAGAUCCUCGAGCUUUCGGCACUCGGCAGCCCGGCGCAGGCAGCGGGGUACUCCCCCGAGAAGCGCGUCCCGUUCUGUGCCUUCAACGGAGGUCGCGAUGUCUUUGUCGAUAUCGGCGACAAGUCGUGGGGUGUCACCGUCUGCCAGAGGUGGUUUGCCGCCAAGGCGGGGCACCCCGACCGGCCUAUCGCUGGAGAGAACACGCUGCACAUUGGAGACCAGUUCUUGAGCGCCGGCAGCAACGAUUUCAAGGCGCGCUCGGUGGGUACGACAGCCUGGAUCGCCUCGCCUGGCGAAACAACGGAGCUGCUUGAUGAUUUGAAUGAGCGGAUAUAA